CCGCGCUUGAUUUUGUUCGUUAUUCUUAACUACUUGGUGGAAUUCCCUCCAUCUCAGGUUGUUCGACAGCAUCUACCAGCAUGGCAACAUCUCAAGUGCCAACUCGCCAGGCCAUUACUCUGAAAGGUUCCACGAAUCUUGUCACGGAGUUUUUCAAGUACGCAGCCAACACGAUUCUCUUUCAACGUGGAGUAUACCCGUCUGAUGAUUUUCACAUGGUAAAGAAGUAUGGGCAAACAGUCCUCGUCACCCAGGACUUGGCACUAGAGAACUACCUUGAUAGGAUACUGAAGCAAGUCAACAAGUGGCUACUUACCGGGUCGGUAACUCAACUUGUACUUGCUAUCAUAUCAAAAGACACUAGGCUACCACUCGAACGAUGGGUGUUCGAUGUUAACCUGGUCGAACAACCAGCUGAUUCUUCGGAUCCUCCACCCGUGAAACCGGAAACAGAGAUCCAAGCCGAGAUCCGCUAUAUCCUCAAACAAAUCGUAUCAACCGUCACCUUCCUCCCGAUUAUCGACGCGCCAACUGUCUUCAAUAUCCUUGCGUAUACACAUGACUCCGCUGACGUCCCCGCCGAUGAGUGGGUCGACACUGAUCCGCUGGCGAUCGAAGCAAGCAAGAGUCAGCAAGUGAAGUUGCGAAGUUUCAGCACUGAUAUACACAGAAUAGAAGCGAUGGUUGCAUAUCGUUACGAAGGAUAAACAAUUGUACAAAUUAUUUGGACCCUUGCUGUACCAAUGUCGAUCGUGAUAAACGAAUACUAGUCGCUUUCCGGAUGGUGUAAUGGUAUAUGAUAGUGAACGUGCAUAAGAAUUUGUAUGAUGAAAAAAGAGGAAG